AUGCAACAGUUGGUGGUCACAGUCAGCAUACCCGGACUCGACUUCAGCUAUGAACGCUUUUGCAAUUUCGUCCCUAUCCUAACCCGCGGCUCCUCGGAGCCGACAACUGUAGAUAACCUCAACCCCUUGAUUCAUCGGGUCCUCACACACUACCCUGGCUCGACCAUCUUCGGCGUAGGAGGCCACUCCAUCUUGGUAUCCAUAUCCGAUGACCUGGCCGUGAAGGUUUCCUACAGAGCUGGCGGAGAGCACAUUCGUCAUGAACAGUCUAUCUUCAAGCUACUGGAGGGACAGGCCUGUCCAUACAUAGUCCAUUCUUACUUCUCUGCGCCUGAUCUCAUCUUCAUGGAGCUUGUGAAGAACGGCAGGCUGUACGAGCGCAUGGAGCAAGUUGAUAAACCACGCCCUAUCCUGACGUGGAUGCAACAGCUCUCAGAGGCAGCGGUGGCUCUAGAGGAGGUGGGGUACGCUCAUGGAGACAUCAACCCUCAAAACAUCCUCUUUGACGAACAGGACCGACUUCGAUUGGUCGAUUUUGAUCAUGCACUCAAGGUCGGGGAGGAGGUAGAGGUGGGUGUUGAGCCAUACGUGCGCCACCGCUACGUGAACUAUGGGGUAGCCGGGCCUGAUACUGAACAGUUUGCCUUGGGAUCGAUUUUCUGGUUCAUGACUCGUGGUACAGAAAUGUAUGCAGACAUCGACGGGGUGCAGAAGGUCAAUAGGUUGAGCCGAUGUAUAUUUCCCGAAGUGGACUCCGCAGACCCGAUCGAUGUGAUCAUUAGCGACUGCUGGCAGGGGAAAUUUGAGUCUAUGGCUGAACUUGCAAAGCGGAUUCGUCAAGUUGCGUUCGACAAGAGCGCUGAGGAGAAGAAGAAAGCAUGCGAGCAGCAUUACAGCUCCGUGCUGCCUUGGACCAGUAGCCCUGUCUACAUCUUCAUAGAACUAUAG